UGUAACACAAGGAUAAUGUUUCAGGUGAAGGUGGCCAUUUUGAAGUACAUAGAAACACUCACACUACAAAUGGAGCCACAGGAUUUUGUCAACUCGAGCGAAACCAGACUGGCAGUGUCACGUAUUAUUACGUGGACCACCGAACCCAAGAGCUCCGACGUCAGAAAGGCAGCACAGUCUGUGUUGAUAUCGCUGUUCCAGCUGAACACACCAGAGUUCACAAUGCUUCUAGCUGCACUGCCUAAAACCUUUCAGGAUGGAGCCACCAAAUUAUUGCAGAACCACCUACGGAACACAGGCAACACAGCCCAGGUGAUAAACACGUUAUUAAUAUGUACUGUAUAGUAUCUUAUACC